AUGGGUCUGAAAUUGAUGAAUAUCCUGACGAUACUUGUGCUCUCAUGGUUUGCAUCUGCAACUACAUCCCAAGCUGAUGUGUUUGAUGUGACUAGUUCAAUAUAUGGCGGAAAGCCCGGCUAUGAUAUUGCAGAGGGUUUGGCAAAUGCAUGGAGAGAUGCAUGUUCAUCAGAGUCGGCAAGUAAGGUUGUUGUUCCGAGCGGUACGUACAAGUUGAAAGAAGCAAUAUUUGAAGGUCCUUGCAAGGCUCCGAUUGAGGUUCACAUCCAAGGAACACUGCAGGCUCCGAAAGACCCAAGUUCAGAUGUUUGGGUGACUUUUAGCUUGAUUAACAUGCUCACACUAUCCGGCGGUGGAACCUUCGACGGCCAAGGAGCACAUGGUUCAAAACGCAGUGAUUUCAGGGACAUUAAAUUCUCCUCCAUCACCAAUUCCAUAGUCAAGAACAUAACUUCACUCAACAGCAAGAAAUUCCACAUUAGUGUUACCGAGUGCACCAAUGUUGUGUUCGACCACCUUACGAUUACAUCACCUACAGACGAUGCUAACACUGAUGGAAUCGACAUUGGGAGUUCGAAAGGGAUCAAUGUCACUCACACAAACAUUGCAACAGGAGAUGAUUGUAUUGCCGUUAGUGAGGGCACCAACCAGCUCCUAGUGACUGGCGUUACUUGCGGACCAGGCCACGGCAUAAGCAUAGGAAGUCUUGGACAGAAGCCUGAUGAACAACCUGUUGUCGGAGUCACAGUCAUGAACUGCACCCUUGUUGGCACAACCAAUGGUGCGAGAAUAAAGACAUGGCCUGAUUCUCCUGGUGCAAGUACCGCCUCCGAUAUAGUCUUUGAGGAUAUUGUAAUGGUAAAUGUCGAGAAUCCUAUCAUCAUUGAUCAAAACUACUGCUCAGGAGAAGAUGAUGAUAGAUGCAAACAGAAUAUUCCAUCGACAGUUCAGAUCAGAAAUGUGAGAUUCAAGAACAUUAGAGGCUCGUCUGCAACUCCAAUUGCUGUAAACCUUGCAUGUAGUCCUAGUGUGCCAUGCCAGAAUGUGGAACUAGAAGAUGUUGAUCUCACAUACAGUGGCGACGAAGGCUCCCUCUCAUCUCAAUGUAUCAAUGUCAGGCCUAGAAUUACUCGCGUCACAGAAGCUCUUGCUUGUGCUAAUGUGCCAGGCUUACCAUCGGAUAAUUCACCUCCUCCACCGUUAUACGAUUAUCAAUCACCUAUGAUAUACACUGGCGCACUAGACAAUAGCAGUUGUUCGUGGCCAAGAGCAUCGGUCAUGGUGUAUCUGCUAAUUUCAGGUCUGGGUGUGAGACUGUUGCAACGGUUGCUGUAG